UUUUUGUUUGUGUUCAAAGUAUAUUUUGUUGUUUCUUUCAUUUCAAAAAAAUGUAUUUAUAUGUAAAAGAUUAUGACGAGCAAUUGGAAGAAUUAUAUAAAAGUGGAUAUGCAUCUGAUGGUGGAUUGCUAGUUCAAUAUGAGACAGGUCAGCGCGGUUCUAGAAAGAUGAUUUACAGUGGACAUGGUUAUAUAUGCGCUAAAAUACAAAAUAAUCGCAAAUAUUGGGUUUGUGCAAAACAACGCAGUAAAAAUUGCAAGGCCAGACUUGUGACGGAUAUAGGCGAAACGCAAUUUAAUGUUCGCAAUAUGGAACACACCCAUCCUAUUACUGAAAGAUAUUUGAAUUCAUUAUAUGCGAAUAUUGAAAAUAAAAAAUAAUAUUAAUAUUUACGAAUAAA